AUGAACAGCAGCGAGUGGAGGACUCCUGUUAUUAUUCCCCGCCUCGGGGUCAACGACUCGCCGUUGCUCCAACAUCGGUCAGAGCUGAAGUCUGGCUGGCCCUCUACUUGUGACUCGGGGAAUAGUAACUGCAUUAACACGAUGGAUGCUUCCCAGUAUCCAGGCUACCCGUCGCACUACUGGUACCCUCAGUCCCACUCUACCGGACACUACACCAACACCUACCCGGGCGGAUCGGAGGUUCCGUCACCGUACAACCCACAGGUGAUGCCUGGAGGCUACCCCAACGACCACGGGGUCUACAACGCGACACAGAGUCAGUAUUCAACCAGUGGCUUCCAUCCGUCCAACCCGUUCUACGUUGCCGAUCCUCAGAGAGCAGCGCCGGCUCCUUACGCCAACCAAUGCUGCACCACCGAGCAGGGAACCGGAGCCUCUGGGCAGCAACACUCUCAGCAUCAUCACCCGCACUACCCUGGUCCACACUGUCAGGGGGCGUCGGGAUACCCCCCUGGACCCUACCCUCACUACACCGAAGGCGGCCACUCGAUGCCCCCAAACCCACCGUACCCCUCUGGCCAGUCUCUGCACCCCGGGCCUCAAGCCGAGGCGUGGGCCCACUCCGGUCCGUACGGGUCCUCGCAGCAGCAGUGGCAGCCGUGUCAACAGCCGUCGCAAAACCACUAUGGAAUCUCUGCCCGUCCGGCACACCCCCCCGCCUGGCCGGGCACCGGAACCGGUGCUCCACCACCGUAUCAGCCCAAGGACCCUCAGCACCAGCGCACCCCACAGGUGGCGCCCAAACCCCGGCCGCCACCGUCGUCAAACGCUGCUAAUGGAAAGUCGGCCGAAAUCAGCUCCUCUCCUCAGAUGUACAACAAAACCAGGAGAGUCGACCCCAACGCCGAACCGCCGACCCCGGCCCAGGGUCCGACCCCGGGUCCGGUCGGGCCCCAGCCUCUGAGCCACGUUCCCGGCCUCGCCAAGGUGCAGCACGUCAUGGCCCGGGUGAUGCUGCUGCAGGAAGACGUGGACGAGUUUGUGGGCAGAAAGACGGACAAGAGCUACCGCUGCCUCGAGGAACUGCUGACCAAAGAGCUGCUGGAGCUGGACUCCGUGGAGACACGGGGUCAGGACAGCGUCCGACACGCCCGCAAGGAGGCCGUGCAGAAGAUCCAAGCGAUUCUGGACCGGCUGGAGAAGAAAGCUUUCUGAAGGAGAGGUUUUGAGUCGAGUCCCGCCGUUUCCCCCCAGGCUCGUGGACUGCGGCGAGGUUUCCGGUCCGAUCUCCUAAGCGGUGUCCGCCACUUAUACCUUCAACGAAUCCAACGCCUGGAGAACACGAGGACUCACAGGGAACGAGAAAUAGUCGGUACACGGACUCGUCACUUCCCGGCGGAGAACUGUUCUUCACUCGGUGCAAGUGACGCGACGGUACCUCGGUUGUACAUAUCUUCAGACUUCUGUCCUCUGAGCCACCGUGCAGGGAUCAACUUCUGGGGCGCGGCUAUAAUAAGGGCCGAGGUCACAGGAGGACGCGGUACGGGGGACACACUACACAACAAGUUUUGGAGCGCUUGCGCUAGUAGCCUCGAGGUCACAUGAUCUGUCAAACCAAUGAGAGCUAGCGCUUCAGUUCCUUAGCAUCUGUGGUCCAGGGCACUCUGACCCAGCUUCAGUUUCAUUGGCUGCUAGAUUUGGCUCUGAAAUGUUUGGUUAACUGCGACGACUGGGAGUUGGUGUCAAGGUCAGGUCAAGGUAUGUUCUUGGAUAUUUCUGAUGGUCCGUCCCUGGUGCGGUCUAAAAAAAAAUCUGACAAAGUCUUGUAGUGUGUCCUCGUGCCGUCCCUCGGGAUUGUGGGUCGGUGGGGGGGGGGGGGGGACGUCUCGCAGCUCCCCGGAGGGCAUGCAGGGG